ACAAAACAAUACAACACGCAAUAUUCCCUUCACACUGAUGUGGUAAACACCAUAAAUGUUUAAGGAAGGUAAUAAAAACAUGUUUGCAUAUUUUGCAAUCAGGUGGGUCACAGUAAUUGCGACAGGCAGAUAUGAACUUGACAUGACAAAUCCUGGGCUGGAACUCGUAUGCCCAUUACCAUAUAACCUUCAUACUCUAUCCCCCCCUUAUUGAAAAUGACAUUUUUGCAAGUCAUUGCCACAGGCAUUAGCAAACAAAAACGAUGGAAAGCGACUCUGAUUUUGACGUCCAUGGUUGAUUCCCAGAAUUGGGUUUUACAAGGAAACCAAGUUUCCCAUUUGCAAAGCUCCUCCGUCUCAUUUUGUCAACUGAGAUGGAUGAUGACAAGGUGAGGACGAGGAUGAAGAAGAUGAAACGCAGAUAUGCUACUGCUACACCUGCAUUGCUGCGUGCAAUUGGCUUUUUGGGUACAAUGGUUUUGCUGUUAUGGACCAUCUGCUGCGGGUUUCAACUGACAAUGGAACCAUGGCUAUACACUGCCGUGGCUGCCCGGGCUUUCCAUGUUGGAGUCACUACGAUGGUCUUCGGCUUCUUGUUUCUGAUACUCGGGCUUUCCAUUCUGGCAGGCAUGGUUUUGGACAUAUCAGAACAUUUGCCCAAGCUAUCAGGCACACGCCAAGGCCAGGAGACAAGGACGAUCUCCAAAGCUAUUGCCAAGGCCCUCAUGACCGUAAUCACAACGCUCAUAAUCAUGUGGGCGAUGUAUACUGGAUUUAGGCUGGCAACUGAAUCAGAAGACAGCAAGCAUUAUCUCCUCACGGUUUCAAUUGGAGUCACCACUAUUUUAUUUGGCUUAAUUUAUUUCGUCAUUGGACUCGCCAUUGUUUUGGGGGUUGCACUAGAUUUUUGGACCCGUUCACAACAGAAAGAGAAACAGGAGACCAGCUUUCAUCACUGUUGCAACGCAGAUGCAAAGUGUUUUCCUUGACAUUACUGUUACUUGUCCUACCUUUUUCUCGUGGUAAUACUGAGAUUAAUGGAGAAUUGAGCCACUGGAACCUUGAGCUCUGAAGGAGAUGCUUGUUCCUGCUGACUUGACACUUUCUUCACCAGACAUUCAAACAUACAAGCAAAGGUUGAAGAUAAGAAAAAAAUGUUUUGGAAGCAUGGAUAGGAAAUUCCUCUUAUUAGCGCAAAGGAUUGUCAAUACACCAAUGAUCUCUCAUCUCUUCUUUUGUUUUAGAUUCAGCAGGUGCCCUUUCAUCCUGUGAAACAAAUAACAUCUAUAUCCCUGUAGAUUUGAUCUGUACAGAGCCAUAUUCAGGCAUCACAUCCUAUUCCAAAAUCUGAAUACAACUAAAGUUAACUUUUAAGUGAGAUAUCUUCCCUGGUCAAUUAUUUGAUUA